AUGAACACUAGUAAAACAGUCACCUUCAAUCCAAUUAUCAGUUCAAUCCAGAAAGUAGCACUGUACGAGACAAAAACUAAACUCUACCUUAUCGGAAGCAACAAUCAAGAGACAAGGUUCAGGAUACUUGAGAUUGAUCGCACAAGCACCACAGAGCUGAAUAUCUUUGAAAAUCCAAAUGAAUUGGAGGUUAGAGAUAUCCGGAAACUCAUCAGCUCCAUUGGCUACACAAAGUCAAUAAGUGCUUAUGGAGUUCUGGGCUUUGUGCGAUUUCUCGAAGGAUACUAUCUGAUUCUCGUCACGAAGAGGACUCGCUGUGCAGUAAUUGGGAUGCACGUUAUCUACACCAUCAAAGAUACCGUCAUGAUAAAAGUCAAUGAAUCCUCAGCGAAACAGCCUCAUCCACAUGAACAGAGGUACCUCAAGAUGUUCUCCAACAUUGAUCUGAGAAGUAAUUUCUACUUUUGCUACAGCUAUGAUCUCACGAGGUCCCUUCAGUACAAUCUCUCCGGACCGAAGUAUGUUGGAUCUCAGGUUGACAUCAAUUCUGAUGAGCCACUGCCUGAUUGGGACAAAAUGAAAUCCAGUGGCGUAGACAGUAACAUAGAAUUCGCCUUCAGAAGCGUCUCCCGGAAACGAUUUGUCUGGAAUUCAUUUCUACUUCGUCCCAUGGAGCAUAUUUUGCAUAAAGAUUGGCUCCUGGAAAUAAUCCAUGGAUUCAUCAGCCAGUCAAAUAUUAAUAUUUUCGGACGAUCUGUUUAUGUGUGCUUAAUUGCGAGGAGAAGUACGAGAUUUGCAGGAACGAGAUUUCUCAAACGUGGAGCCAAUCAUAAAGGGGAUGUUGCCAAUGAAGUGGAGACUGAGCAAAUUGUCAUGGAUGGCCGAAGGAUGUGCAGUUUUAUUCAGAUGAGAGGAUCAAUUCCAUCUCAUUGGUCUCAGGAUGUUAGUAAGAUGGUUCCCAAGCCGCCAAUUGCUCUGGAUUUGGGAGAUCCCUAUGCUGAGACUUCUGCUAAGCAUAUUGAGCGAUUGUUGUUUCACUACGGAGCUCCAGUGAUAAUUUUCAAUUUGGUGAAGAAGAGGGAGAAGCGAAAGCAUGAGAGUAUUUUGACUGAGGAAAUGUUGGCCAGUGUUAAGUAUCUCAAUCAAUUUCUUCCACCGCCUCAUCGGAUAAAGUACAUCCAUUUUGAUAUGGCCAGGAAGAGCCGAGGGGAUGGGAAUGUGAUGAAUAGCCUUGCGGAUAUUGCUGAGAAUGUCAUUCAGCAGAUUGGGAUGUUUCUGUAUGAUGGAGAUGAGUCACAGAUGUAUCAGACGGGAAUUGUUCGAGUGAACUGUGUGGAUUGUCUGGAUCGUACCAAUACUGCUCAGUUUGCAAUUGGGAAGUGUGCUUUGGGGCAUCAACUCUGCAAAUUGGGCUUCAUUGAUCCGCCAAAGUUGGAAUUUGAUUCGGAUUGCGUAACUAUGCUUGAGACUCUCUAUGAGGAUCAUGGAGAUACCCUUGCAUUGCAGUACGGAGGAUCUCAAUUGGUGCAUAGGAUCAAGACGUAUAGGAAGACAGCAGCCUGGACUAGUCAGGGUAACGAUAUUAUGCAGACUCUGAGUCGGUAUUACAGUAACACGUUCUCGGAUACAGAAAAGCAACAUUCCAUUAAUUUGUUUCUCGGCUACUACGUUCCACAUGAGAAUGAUUCCAAGCAAAGCUCAGCCAUUUGGGAACUUCCCACAGAUUAUUACAUGCACAAUCUCCAGAGGCGUGAGAUGAGGUGUCAUUCAGUCAGGGAUGGUGCUCCACUGACAGAAUGGGUCAGACCAAUUGUAAUGAAGAAUCUCCCCUAUUCCACCAGUGACAGGAAUAAGAUUGUGGCUGAAUUGAUAAGGGUGCAUUCGAAGCAUGUGGAAAUGAUAGAUUCCUACUCAAAUUACCAUCUUCCACACAAAUUAACGGCUUUUGAGGAGCACAUUGCUUACCAGAUUAGUUAUUUGGCCAGGAAUUUUGUUCGUACUUUCCGCACGAACUUCAGUCCAUUUGAACCGGGAAAACAUGAAAGGAGCACAAGUUCCAAGAAUCCCUCACUAACUGGUCAGAGUAGUACAAGCUCAACAACAAGUUCCACAAGUUCCAGCAUGGAUGAGGCAUCCACGUCAGAUGAGGAACCUCUGACUGAUGUAAAAACACAAAAUUUCACAGAGACUGUAGCCACACAUUCCUUGACAACCAUCCUUCCCUCAACUCUGGAAAUCUACGGAAUGGAAGUUCGGAGGCCGGAUAAGAAAAACUACGCCCUGUACAAGAAGUACGUUCAAAUGGCGAAACAAUCAAUGCCAAUGGGGGAUGAGUAUCAAGUGAGAAGUUCCCAUCUGGGCAAUCAAAAGAAGGCUUUAGCUUCGAUUCAGCUGGUGCCACUCGGUGAUUUUGGGAGGGAUUCCUAUGAAAGUGUAGAGCCGCCUAAAGUUCCGGAGAAGAGCAUCGACGUUUAUAAGAGUUACGUGGACUCUCCUGGUUUGUUGUUCAAGAAGGAUGUCUCGAGUGUCAAUACAAGAGAUGUGAUAAGCAAAUAUGUAAAUUUUUCACUGUAGAUAUGCAAUAAAAUCAUGAGAAUCCA